AGUCUCUCUUUCCUUUUCUGGGUCGCUUCCCACAUUCAACUUAGUACAUAUAUUGCGCAGCUCUAACCGAAGCUUUUGUAGCCAGAUUAUGGCAAGAUAUUCGCUGGAUCCUCGGAAUUGUUUGCUGUUCCUGCUCUGUAGUUUGGCGUUUCUGUGGCGUUUUGCCGCCUCGCAGGCUGAAGAUGACGUGCAAUGCCUUAAAGGCAUCAAAAGCUCUUUCAGUGAUCCUCUGGGAAAGCUUGCUUCUUGGCGUUUUGAUAACAACACCAGCGGUUUCAUAUGCACGUUCGUCGGCGUUACGUGCUGGAAUCCCCAGGAGAAUCGGGUCCUCAAUCUGGAGCUCCGGGAUAUGAAACUCUCGGGCCAGGUGCCGGAGUCGCUGAAGUAUUGCGGUUGGAGCCUGCAGAAACUGGAUCUUGGGUCCAACGACGUUUCCGGUACGAUCCCUUCUCAGAUAUGCGAUUGGUUGCCAUUUUUAGUAACACUGGACUUGUCCGAUAAUCAUCUCUCUGGGCAAAUACCUCCUACUCUCGUGAAUUGCACUUACUUGAAUACCCUGGUUCUUUCUAAUAAUCAACUUUCGGGUACCGUGCCUUUCGAAUUUGGGAGUUUAGCUAGGCUUAGGACAUUUUCUGUUGCUAAUAAUCAUCUUACUGGUACGAUUCCUUCGUAUUUAAAUGGUUAUGACAAGGAAGAUUUUGCUGGGAAUAGUGGACUUUGUGGGGGUCCCCUUGGAUCCAAGUGUGGUGGUUUGAGUAAGAAGAAUCUUGCUAUUAUCAUCGCUGCUGGGGUCUUUGGUGCUGCUGCUUCUUUAUUAUUGGCUUUUGGAUUGUGGUGGUGGUAUCAUUUGCGGUUGGUUAGGAAGAAGAGAGGAUUCGGGGUUGGAACCAGUGAUGAUUGGGCUGCGAGGUUGAGGGGCCACAGACUUGUUCAAGUUACAUUGUUUCAGAAACCCCUUGUGAAGGUUAAACUAGGAGAUUUGAUGGCGGCUACGAAUAAUUUCAAUUCUAAAAAUAUCAUCAUGUCUUCAAGAACAGGGACUACCUAUAAAGCAGACCUUCCUGAUGGUUCAACCCUUGCAGUCAAGCGGCUCAACACCUGUAAGAUUGGAGAGAAGCAGUUUCGCAUGGAGAUGAGUAGGCUAGGACAAGUCAGGCAUCCGAACUUGGCACCCCUUUUAGGCUUCUGUGUGGUUGAAGAGGAAAAACUUCUGGUUUAUAAGCACAUGUCAAAUGGAACUCUGUCUUCGCUGUUGCAUAAAGAUGGCACUGGGUCAGAAUUGGAUUGGCCAAUGAGAUUCAGGAUAGGCUUUGGCGCGGCUAGGGGUCUUGCUUAUCUGCAUCAUGGGUGUCAUCCUCCAAUAAGACACCAAAAUAUUUGUUCCAAUGUGAUAGUUGUUGAUGAAGAUUUUGAUGCUCGACUAAUGGAUUUUGGACUUGCUAGGCUUAGGACAUCUGAUUCCAAUGAUAGUAGCUUUGUCAGUGGGGACUUGGGGGAACUUGGCUAUGUAGCUCCAGAAUAUCCUAGCACUCUUGUUGCUUCUGUAAAAGGGGAUGUGUAUGGAUUUGGGGUUGUGCUUUUGGAGCUGGCUACUGGUCGCAAACCUCUUGAAGUGAGCAAUGCAGAGGAAGAUUUUAAGGGUAACUUAGUUGAUUGGGUGCAUAUGUUGUCUAGUUCUGGUCGAAUUAAGGAUUGCAUUGAUAGGGCCAUAUGUGGAAGAGGGCAUGACGAGGAGAUUUUGCAGCUUCUGAAAAUCGCAUGUAAUUGUGUGGUUUCUGGCCCCAAGGACAGGUGGUCCAUGUCCCAGGUUUAUCAUUCCUUGAAGAGUUUGUCCAAAGACUACAAUUUCUCUGAACAUGAUGAUGAAUUUCCAUUGAUUUUUAAUAAGCCAGAGUCAGCAUAAUUCUGCUGUAGCUUUCCACCAUGAAUUUCUGUUUAUUGUGGAGAUUGCGCAGAAAUUUUCUUAUUGUACAUGAUUUGAUCAUUCCUCUGAGCAGUUCCAAUCAAGUAUAGUUAUAGUAAACUCCCUCAUUAUGCUUUAAGUUCCCCCUUUUUCAUGAAAUUGUUCGUUUCACUUUUUGUUUUUUGAAAGCGCGAUUUCAAGCGAGGUCCAUGAUAUUUGGUAACAAGCUUAACAUUUUGUACUUCAUAUGUAUGACCUGAAAAUAUGAAACUCUGGAGCUUUACCUUGUGCUU